AUGGUCACCUCCAAUAUCCCAGAGAUCCAGUUCACUCCCAUCGAGGAGAUCCGCAGCCGCAGCGCCACUCUUCGCAAGACCUUUCUCGAACACAAGACGCGAGAUGUGGAGUUUCGGCUGGUCCAACUCCGCAAGCUCUACUGGGCUUUAAAAGAUCACGAACAGCAAAUCGCCGAUGCCCUCUAUUUGGACCUCAACAAACCGCGCUUCGAGUCGGAAAUCGCGGAGUCGUCAUGGCUACAGAAUGAUAUUGUGUUUGUGACGCGCCAUCUACACAAAUGGGUCAAGGAUGAGAAGGCCGAGGAUAUCGAACUCGCAUUCAAGUUUAUGAAUCCAAAGAUUCGGAAGGAUCCGCUGGGUUGUGUUCUGGUGAUCGGCGCUUUCAACUACCCUUUCCAGUUGACGCUCGGUCCGGUCAUUGGUGCCAUUGCCGCGGGUAAUACCGUGGUCAUCAAGCCCAGCGAAAAUGCCCCGUACAGUGCCGUCGUGAUGCAGCGCAUCGUGGAAGCCUCCCUCGACCCCUCGUGCUACACUGUUAUCCAAGGCGGCAUCCCCGAAACUCAGGCCUUGCUCGCGGAACGUUGGGAUAAGAUCUUCUUCACCGGUGGUGCCAAUGUCGGUCGCAUCAUCGCCAAAGCCGCUGCACCUCACUUGACCCCAGUGGUGCUGGAGCUGGGAGGGAUGAACCCGGCCAUUAUCACCAAGAACGCCGAUCCCAGACUCGUCGCCCGACGAAUGCUAUGGGGAAAGCACCUGAAUGCCGGUCAGGUGUGCACGUCGCAGAACUACUUACUGGUCGACAGGGCGAUUCUGCCGGCAGUCGUCGAGGAAUUCAAGAAGGCCUUCAAGGAGUUUUACCCUCGCGGAGCCAAGGAAUCUCCAGACUAUUCCCGCAUCGUCAGCGUUGCCGCCUUCCAACGACUCAAGUCGAUGAUCGACAAUUCCCAGGGCAAGAUCCUCCUGGGAGGUACAAUGGAUGAAGAGGAGCGGUUCAUCGAGCCGACUCUGGUGCAGGUGGAUUCGCCCGAUGACUCCAUGCUCACCCAGGAGAGCUUCGGUCCGUUGAUCCCCAUUCUGCCCGUUGACAACCUCGACGAAGCGAUCAACAUCGCCAACGGCAUCCAGAGCACGCCUCUGGGUAUCUACCCAUUUGGCUCUAAGGGGGAAGUGGAAAAGGUUCUCCGAAUGACCCGUUCUGGUGGUGUGUCCGUCAACGAUGCUGCGCUGCAUAUCCCGACCCUUCCAUUCGGCGGCGUGGGCGAGAGUGGCUACGGUGCCUACCGCGGAAGGUCCAGCUUCGACGUCUUCGUGCACCGCCGUCCCAUCACCAGCAGCCCCGGCUGGCUCGAGUCCAUCCUCGCGAUCCGCUACCCUCCCUACGCGGGCAAGCUGAGCAAGUUGAAAGCGGCCAGUACGCUGGCUCCUGAUUUCGAUCGCAGCGGAAGAAAGGUCCGACUUGGCUGGCUACGGUUCAUUUUGACUCUGGGCGGAGGCAGCGCGAAGGCUGGUGUAAGCAGGGCUGCCGUUGUUGCUGCGCUUGCCUACCUCGUGCUACAGAUUCUCGAGCGCCGAACCUCAAAGCUUUAG